AUGGAAGGUGAUGAAAAGAUGUUGAUAUAUGAGUACAUGCCCAAUGGAAGCUUAGACACCUUCUUAUUUAGUGAAACUAAGCGUAAAUUGUUGGAUUGGGAGGCACGUUCCCGUAUCAUUGUCGAGAUUGCUCGAGGUCUUCACUAUCUCCAUCAUGAUUCUCGAUUAAGAAUUGUUCAUAGAGAUUUGAAAGCAAGCAAUAUCCUUCUGGAUGAAGAUUUGAAUCCCAAAAUCUCUGAUUUUGGAAUGGCAAAACUAUUUAGUGGAGAUGAAACAAUCGGAGAAACUAAGAGGGUUGUUGGAACAUAUGGAUAUAUGUCUCCGGAAUAUAUUAAAAAUGGAGCUUUCUCCAUGAAGUCUGAUAUUUUCAGUUUUGGAGUAUUGAUGCUUGAGAUCAUUAGUGGCAAAAAGAAUAAUGAAUUUGGCCAUUCUACACAACACCUCAAUGUUAUAGAUUUUAUGUGGAGUCUAUGGAGAGAAGAAAAGGCCAUAGACUCGGUUGAUGAAUCAAUGGGCCUAUUUCCUGUUGCUGAAGUUUUGAGCCAAAACAACCUGGCUUUGUCAUUGAAAGAUAUCCAUGUGAAUCUUGCUCAUGGAAAACUUUGGAUUUUGGCAGAGAAGGGUCAAGGACUUGUUGGUGCAACAAGGCAUGGUGAAAGCACUAGGAGACAGAAAAUCGGAGAAAAUCGGAAAGCAUGGAGAGAUCAGAUUGGGAAGAAAUUCAGGCAAAGGCAGUAG